AUGAGCUACGAUAGCGCGCUGACAAUCUUCUCGCCCGACGGCCACCUAUUCCAGGUCGAAUAUGCCCAGGAGGCGGUGCGCAAGGGGACCUGUGCUGUCGGCAUUUGCUGCAAGGACUCGGUUAUUCUCGGCGUCGAGAAGAAAGCGGCUUUGAAGCUGCAGGACUCGCGCACGAUGCGCAAGAUCCACCGGCUGGACGAGCACAUAUUUCUUGCGUCCGCGGGUCUGGUGGCCGACGCGCGCGUACUCGUCGACAUGGCACGCGUGGAGUGCCAGAACCACCGGCUGACGGUCGAAGACGCGCCAACGGUCGAGUUCAUUUCACACUAUAUUGCAUCGGUUCAGCAGCGGUACACACAGAGCGGUGGUAGACGGCCCUUUGGCAUUUCGACUUUGGUCGUCGGCUUUGAUCCCAACAACACGCCCAAGCUGUUCCAGACCGAUCCCUCCGGUAUCUACUAUCAGUGGAAGGCCAAUGCCAUUGGUCGCAACUCGAAGACCGUACAUGAGUUCCUGGAGAAGCAUUAUGCACAGGAUAUGAGCGAGUCGGACGGCAUCAAGUUGGCCGUCAAGUCGCUGCUGGAGGUCGUGCAGACUGGCGCCAAGAACAUUGAAAUCCUGGUCAUCACCAAGGACGGCAACCGGACGCCCAAUAUCCAGGAGAUCGAGCAGACCAUCAAAACCAUCGAGGCCGAAAAGAUUGAAGAGGCCGAGAAGAAGGCGAACAAGCGCAAGCCGGCCACAUCCGCUUAG